CUCAUCUCUAGAUAAACACAAUUAAAACGAACAGAAACAAUAGGAAUAAAUAAAGAUGAGUGGGGCUCACAGAGAGGCGAUCCAAAAGCAGAUCCACCAGGACUGGGCGAACAGGGAGUAUAUCGAAGUGAUAACUGCCAGCAUAAAGAGAAUCACCGACUUUCUGAACUCUUUCGAUAUGUCCUGUCGCUCCCGUCUGGCGGUGCUGAACGAAAAACUAACGAUCCUGGAGCGGCGCAUAGACUAUCUGGAGGCGUGCGUCGCCCAGGGUGAAACAUUAACGUAAACGCUGCCCACAACCUUAUACUAAGCUUUGUACAUUUAUAAGUAAUUAAAAUACUGAUUUAAUAUUUAAUAUCUUUUGAUUCGCAAUGUGAAUUGCCGUGACAUUAAUAAUUCGCUGUACAUUGUUUGUUUGUUCUUUGAAGGAAGGUUUUCACGGCUGAGUUACUUGCGGCCAUCGGAUUCGAUUCAUUGCCCCUUUUAAGAAUAAUAUAAGUAAUAGCUCAGAACCAAGACAAGCACGCGAUGUUUUUGCCAACUAACCGUAGCUGCCUUUAUUGUCAAUGUUAAUGCAAAUCGCC